AUGGUUGAUGUUGCAGAUAAAUUAGCGUAUUUUCAAGCAAUUACAGGCCUUGAAGAUCCAGAUUUAUGCACCGAAAUCCUCCAAGCCCAUAAUUGGGACCUCGAACUUGCCAUCUCCUCUUUCACCUUUAAUCACACCGAUAAUCACAAUAACCAUCCCUUUUCUUCCACCUCUACUGCCACCGACACCACAACCACCCCCGUGGACCCCUCAAAUACGACCACUAACCGCUCUGGUUCCUCCGCCAUCGCUCCCGCGGCUCCUCCUCCUCCUCCUGGUUUGGCCUGGAAAAUAAUUACUUUACCAAUUUCAGUCAUUUCUGGUAGUUUAGGGAUAAUUUCGGGUGCUGUCGGGUUUGGAUUAUGGGCCGCUGGAGGUAUUUUGUCGUAUUCGUUAGGGUUCAUCGGAUUGGGAUCGAAUUCGAGCCGGGGUGGGGAUUCCUCGGCCCAAUUGGUAACUGUUUCUCCAGCGUCGAGAGAAGCGAUGGAGUUUGCUGCUCAAUUUGAGAGGGAUUAUGGUCGUUCUGGUUCUUCUAGCAGGCCAAACUUUGUUGGUGAAGGGUUUAUGGAUGCGUUGACGAGGUCGAGAAAUAGUUUUAAGUUGUUGUUUGUGUAUUUGCACUCGCCGGAUCAUCCUGAUACCCCGUCAUUUUGUGAGGGGACGUUGUGUUCGGAGGUUUUUAGCGCGUUUGUUAAUGAGAACUUUGUUGCUUGGGGUGGGAGUAUUAGAGGGAGUGAAGGGUUUAAGAUGAGUAACAGUUUGAAGGCUUCGAGGUUUCCCUUUUGCGCUGUUGUUAUGCCUGCUACGAAUCAGAGGAUUGCGUUGCUUCAGCAGGUUGAGGGUCCAAAAUCUCCUGAAGAAAUGCUUGUGAUACUACAGAGAGUUCUUGAAGAAAGUGCUCCGGUUCUUGUUGCAGCAAGACUUGAAGCAGAAGAGAGAACAACCAACAUGCGCUUGAGGGAGGAGCAAGAUGCUGCAUACAGAGCAGCACUUGAAGCUGAUCAAGCUAGAGAACAACAACUGAGAGAAGAACAAGAACGUCUGGAAAGGGAGGCUGCUGAGGCAGAGAGGAAGCGCAAGGAGGAAGAAGAGGCUCAGGAGAGAGCUGCGCGUGAGGCUGCAGAAAAAGAGGCUGCUCUGGUAAGAAUGCGGCAGGAGAAAGCCAUCUCACUUGGCGCUGAACCUGAAAAAGGACCUAAUGUCACACAAGUUUUGGUUCGAUUCCCAACUGGAGAACGCAAAGAGAGGAGGUUCCACAGCACAGCCGCUAUCCAGUCUCUUUAUGAUUAUGUUGAUUCUUUGGGUUGCUUGGAUGUGGAGAAUUACAGUCUUGUCUCAAACUUUCCCCGAGUUGUCUAUGGUACAGAUAAGCUUUCUCUAUCUCUGAAAGAAGCAGGUUUGCACCCUCAAGCCAGCCUUUUUGUGGAGCUGAACUAG